AUGGAUUCAAUUGUUAUAAGUGUAUAAAAAUACAACUUGUGUAUUAAAUAUCUCAACAACAUAUAACAUCCAGUAAAAGUUGCGCCGUUAUAAUAUUUGCCCAAAUCUGAUUGUAAUUGUUGCUCAUCUAUUUUUUCAUUCUCCUGGUAAUUCUUUUUCAAUUAUUUUAGAUGAUCGAAGAGGCUUUUCUAAAUAAUCUGUUUUAGUUAACAUCAAAGUGCAAACAUUUUCAGUAUUUUAAUUAUUAAUUGAAGUUGAGAUUGAAAAUAAGGUUGCAUUCUCCAGGAUAGCUAUUUUAAUUGCAUGCAGUUAAGCAGAGAUAUUAUUGAUAAAGUAAUAAUCUUUGCUUGUAUCCAAAAAAUAUCUCAACAUCGGUUGGUUAUAGCUGGUAAAAAGAAAUACCCCUUUUAGAGUGGAUUCUAAUUAUACAGUUAGUAACCAAAAAGUCAUUAUCAAAUUAGAUUUGCAGGAAAAUAAGUAGAGUAACCUACGCAACUAGUUAGGCCAACUUGUAGUAUUUGACAUCAGAGCCAGCUUCUAAAUAAUGA